AGUGUUAUCGAAACCAAUGACUCACCUUUAUCACCCCCACGGCAAGCUUAUCAGGCCCCAAUGGUCCUUAACUACCUGAAUUUAUAGUCAGUCAGACUCACUUUGCUGCAAACCACCGAAUAAUUCAGUCUCUAAUUGGCCCCUUCAACUUCUUGAGUUCAGUGAACAGUUUAAGAUCUCUGCAAUGGCCAGCUGUACCACGAGAAUUGCGUUCCUUCUCGUAUCCGUGUGGUCAAUGGCUCAGGGUGCUGGAUAUCUCAUAGCCGCGAUCCUGGGCAUGAGGGCAUAUGAUUGUGCCUUCGAUAUGAGUGUUACCCAAGUCAAAUACUUCAUCCAUCUCCUCUACUUCAGACAUGAAGGAUGCGGAAACAGUACAAUUGAUUGGGAUGCUUUGCAGAUUUAUCCCUCACCAGAGGUAGAUAUUCACUUGCCAGUAAUCACUGAAGCCGUGGAGAGAACGCAGGUCAUCCUGAUGGUAUAUCUUAUCACGAGCAUCCUGUGGAUUGUGACAUCGAUUAUGCUUAUCGUUGCGGUGUUUUCACCCUGCAUGGGUCGAACAGCCUUCAAGUGCUUCAUCUACCCAUGGGCUCUUGUGUGUCUGUUCAUCUUGCUCCAGGAUGUGGCCGCCACUUACUUCCACGUUGUGGAUAUGAUAGAUACCUGGGAUGUUUCGGGUCUCAUUGAAUUCUUGGGAAUUCCUUACGAACCAGAGUACUAUUUCUACUUCAAUGCUAUCCCGCAACACAUUUUGGUUCUCCCAGCUCUCAUGAUGUCCCUCUUAUCCAGCAGAGCGGUCAUUGGAUGGUUUAUAAACCUCUCCAUCUUCAUUUACAUGUGUAUCAGAAUCCACAGGAUCAAGAGGAAGCCACUCACGCCGGGAAUUGUCAGUGAUCAGCCAAUUUCUGCAACCACGGCGACUCAACCCACUGCGCCUUAUUCACAACAAGUCGUCAUUCCCCAAAAUCCAAUGGUUCAGCAACAGAGUCUUCAGCAGACUGCAAUCUAUCCUUCAUUGUCAUCGAUGAACGAGCCAGGGCCGUCUGGAGUUAAAGCUUAAAGAGCCAAACGAGAGAAGCUCACAAGAUGCCUCACGACCAUUUGUAAAUAAAUCGCAACUCA